AUGGUUUCUGCAUCUGUCCCCAAUGACACUACCUUCCAUCCUUCCACAUUUAUUCUACUUGGAAUCCCUGGGAUGCGAGACCAGCACAUUUGGGCUGCCAUCCCCUUCUGCUCCAUGUAUAUCCUCGCUCUGGUUGGCAAUGGAACCAUCCUCUACAUCAUCAUGAAGGAGAGAACUCUGCAUGAGCCAAUGUACCUCUUUCUGUGCCUACUUUCUUUCACUGACUUGGUACUCUGUUCAACCACAUUGCCCAAAAUGCUAACAAUCUUCUGGCUUAAGUCCCAUGUAAUUUCCUACCAUGGCUGCCUCACCCAGAUGUUUUUUGUUCAUACAAUUUUUGCUACAGAAUCAGCUGUUCUGUUGGCCAUGGCUUUUGACCGCUAUGUGGCUAUCUGCCGUCCACUUCAUUAUACAUCCAUUCUCAGUGCCACGGUGAUUGGGAAGAUUGGGCUGGCAUGUGUGGUCCGCGGCCUUCUCUUUGUUUUCCCCUUUGUCAUCCUCAUUGAACGCUUACCUUUCUGUGGACAUCACAUCAUCCCCCACACCUACUGUGAACACAUGGGCAUUGCCAAGCUGGCCUGUGCCAGCAUCAAGCCCAACACCAUUUAUGGUCUCACUGUGGCACUUUCAGUCACUGGCAUGGAUGUGGUCCUCAUUGCCACUUCCUAUGGCCUGAUCCUGCAGGCUGUGCUGCGCCUGUCCUCGAAGGAUGCCCAAUUCCGAGCAUUUAGCACUUGUGGAGCUCAUAUUUGUGUGAUUCUUGUAUUCUAUGUACCUGCCUUUUUUUCCUUUUUCACCCACCGCUUUGGCCAGCACGUACCUCCUCAUGUCCACAUCGUACUUGCAAAUCUAUAUCUCCUCGUGCCCCCUGUUCUCAACCCCUUGGUCUAUGGCAUUAACACCAAACAGAUCCGCCUGAGAAUAUUUGGCUUUUUUAUGGGGAGGAGGUUGUUAACUGUCUCCAUACCCCAAGGAUGA